CGGGGCGGGGCUGCACCUCCGAACGGCAAUCAGGGCAUGUCCUUGAGCGAAGGGCGAGAGUGAGGGCUGCGGCCUCUUUUCCCUGCUCCCUCCCUUCCGGGCACGCCCACUGAGCGCGGGCUUCCACCCCCGCCCCCUGGUUCAUGCAGGAGCCAAUAGGCGGCGGGAGGGGGGUGGGGCGAGGCGGCCAGAAGAGCUUCUUCAGAAGGACAUAAUGUUAGCUGUAACACAUAGCAAUAUUAAUUGCCUCAAGUGGUCUGCUUCUGCCUUGGCGUCAGAGCUGAUGUGAAGGACUUGCUGGAGAUGGUGGUGAAAGAAGAGGCAUUCUCAGUGUCCUGUACAAGGAGCAAGGCUCAUGGUUCUUAUUAACAUAGCUUGGUUGGUUUGGUCAUUAGAUACUUUCUGCCUUAGAUUUGCUUGCUCCUAUUUGUUAAAAGAGUUAAUUAAGCUCAAUGUUCCCAUAACUGCAAAUUUAUCAAGCACCAGUCUUCUCAGUCAGAUCAAAGGUUGGGCAGUGGCCUUUUCUAUAUUGCAAAAAGGUUUAUGUACAGACUGUUGUUCAGCAUAUAGCAGCAUCUGAAGAAACAUGGAGUGGGUUGGUGUUACACUGAUUAAAAAAGUAGGAUGUCAUGUCUGGACAUAUCGACUGAUGAUUCCCUCCAAAAUGAGAACAUUUCCCUGUAGUGACAACUACAGAAUGCUGUCUAGCUACAAGCCUAAAAAUAUCAAAGACUCUUACAGAAUUCUCAAACUUCAGGAAGGAUGUUCCAUUGACGAUAUAAGAAAUUCCUUUCGAAAUCUUGCCAAACAGUAUCAUCCAGACAGUGGUUCUGUCACAGCUGAUUCUGCAACAUUUAUGCAGAUAGAAGAAGCAUAUAGAACUGUGCUAACUGACCUGUCCAAGAAAUUGAAAUCAAGGGAAGAUAAGGAGGAGGAAGAGGAAGACAAAUUCAAGUCCAAAACGCCACAACACCGACAUUACUUAAGUUUUGAAGGUGUUGGAUUCGGAACUCCAAGUCAACGAGAGAGACAGUAUAUGCAAUUUCGAGUAGACCGUGCUGCUGACCAAGUCCUGGAAUAUCGAAAGCAGAAACUUGAGAGCCAGUAUACUACAAAUGACAUCAUGAUAGCCAAAGAUGUAAGGCAGAGUAAGAAAGUAAAAAUAACCCAAGCAAUUGAACGCUUGGUUGAAGACCUCAUCCAGGAAUCCAUGGCUAAAGGAGAUUUUGAUAAUCUCAGUGGUAAAGGAAAACCAUUGCAGAAAUUUUCAGACUGUCUGCAUAUUGAUCCUAUGACUCGCAACUUGAACAGGAUUCUAAUCGAUAAUGGAUACCAACCAGAAUGGAUCCUGUUGCAGAAAGAAAUACGAGAAACCAUAGAGCAACUAAGAAGGGGCAUACUGGCAUCUAGGAAAAAACUUGGAGAGCCAAUGACACUGUGCAGACAGAAACAAUGGGAUCACAUUUGUGAGCAAUUUAUAGAAGAUAUCAAGAAACUAAACAAAAGAAUUAAUGACUUCAAUUUAAUUGUUCCCAUUCUGAGCAGACAAAUGGUGCAUUUUAGUGCAGACAAAGAAAUUGCACGAGCCCAGAAGACUUACAGGACUCUGAUGGAAGAAAUGAGGACCUCUGACAAAGACCCAAAGGAAAAUGAACAGGAAAAUGUCAAAUUGUUUAGGUUUAAGACUACUUUUUUUAAAUGGAUAAAUCUUAUGUUAAGAUAAAACUAACAUCACCAUUUUGGUUAUAUAGUGCAUGCACUUUGUCAGUGCAGCUAGCAGUAUUAUAGUGGAAAUUUUUCAGAUUCACUGAAAAUAUCAAACCAGCCCUGUUACUGUUUAAACAUUUAAGGAAUCUAAUUGUCUGGCCUACUUCUUCACAUGAUCAGUGGGUUCUUUGUGAAAGCUGCUAAGGAACAAAUAAACAUUUUUUUUUUCUAAUUCA